GAGAGGGGGGGGCGCCGAUCGCAGCGGCAAUGAAAUAGACUCACAGCAACCAGAAACUGCCAAUUCAGCUCCGUGCACGGAGUGCGCGCUUUAGCGAAGGCACAGAUCCGCUGGCGAAAAGCGUGAGAGGAACCAGGAGGAAAAAGACGGGAGGAAGCGAUAACAUUUCAGGCAAGGCAGACCCGACAUACAGCUGACAGACACAGAAUACCCUAGCUUCUCAAGAAACAGUUAAUUUCUGCCCCCGAAGAACUGUCGCUCAAGAAAUACGCUGGAAACUGGAGAAUCACCGGGAAUACAACCACCAACAGUGAUAGACCUCGUUACCUUCACAAUGAAGAAAAGCAACUCCAAACGGGGCCCGCACGACACCAACCAACAGUUGUCGCAGCCAGACAAAACUGGCUGGAUUCGCAAGUUUUGUGGAAAAGGGAUUUUUAGGGAGAUCUGGAAAAACCGUUUCGUCGUGCUAAAGGGAGAUCAUCUGUACAUCUCUGAGAAAGAGGUUAAGGAUGAGAAGAGGGUCCAAGAGGUGAUCAACCUGACGGACUACGAGCGCUCGGAGGAGCUGCGCAAGUCCAAGAGCCGCAGCAAGAAGAACCACAGCAAGUUCACCCUGCUGCGGUCACGACAGCCGGGAAACAUGGUCCCCAAUCUAGUUUUCCUGGCCGUUAGUCCUGAGGAGAAGGAGGCUUGGAUCAACGUUCUGAAUGCAGCCAUCACCAGAGCCAAGAACAGCAUUCUGGAUGAGGUGACAGUGGAAGAGCACAGUCCCCUCGCCCACCUCACACGGGACCGCGCCAAGAUCCCCCACGCGCGUCGCCUGCCCACCCGCGGACACCUCAUGGCCGUGGCGUCCACCUCCACGUCGGAUGGCAUGCUGACCCUUGACCUGAUCCAAGAGGAGGACGGCUCGGCGCCAGAUGGGCGUAACCCGUGUGAGAUCAGCAUCAGGGUCGACCUGGACGACUCCGCCCCCAGACUCGCCCCGGGCCGCCAGCGCUGCAACACGGACAUCACGGGGCCUGCGCGGCUGUCUGCCGAGAUCCGGACGAAAUCCGGGAGCCUGCCACGCCGGUGCGAGCCAUCCCAGGACUGGCGGCACCUGGAGGGGCAGUCCCGCACCCCGCAGCCCGGCAAGAGGCUGACCCCCUCCGAGAAGAGCCGCUGCGUCUCCAUGGAGGAGAUCCUGUCCCGUUCAGACGCGUUUGCGGCCAGACGGUGUAGCCCUGCCCCCAGCCCCGCCCCUGCCACACCCCCACUGCAGGAACUCAUCUCCCGGAAGCUGGAGCGGACUCAGGAGCUGCUGGGCGUGGUCCGGUCGCCGGAGCGUGGGGGUGGGAACUCGCCCUCCUCCGGAAAGGGCUCAGACUCGCAGGGGAGCCGGGCGGAGGCAGAGCAGCUGCUCCAGGAGGCAGUAUCCGCCUGGGACGAGGCACGGGAGGUGCUGGAGGAGGUGAAAGAGCUGCAGGUGCUCUUCCAGCAGCUGGACUUGGCUCCCACCGCGCCUCUGACCCCCUCACGGGAGGGAACACCGAGCAACCCCCAGCAGACUCCCUAG